UUCUCGACGGCUUGACGCCGGCCGAGCAUUGAAGCUUUCCGUCCUGAUGAAAAUACCCACAGUGUGCGUUGUCCUUGUGUUCUGUCGGAGAGCGCAGGUGUCGCAGUCGGUCCCGAGCAGAGGGUCCCGCGUGGAGUGUCACUGUCACGCGCGUCAGGAGCCACAAGGUCCCGCCUCUGACUGACUGACUGGCUGAUCCCCGGCGCGUGGAGCCGCUUUCUCCUUGGAUGACCUCCACGCAACCUUUCGUAAUAGCAGCAGACGUCGGUCCAUUACAACUCAACACCUGCUGGUUCGGAGCCGCAACGGAACCGAUAUCCAACAGCCGGAAAGUCAAAGCGAGUGUCCUGCAGGCUUCAGGCCGACCGUGGAGCAGCUGACCCGGGUGAACAAGAAAAGAAAAGCAACACAAAAAAAAGAAGUCACGCUGCGAAUUUUCUUCUUUUUUUUUUACCAUCGUUAGGGGGGAGCUGGGAGUGGAUCAAUGCACUUACCUGGUAAUUCAUAAGAGAGACCGGUCUUUAAACACAGACACUACAUGAUGUACACAAUCACCAGAGGUCCCAGCAAACUUGUUACGCAGCGGAGGACAGGUCCCACACAACAAAUCGAGAGCAAAUUCAGCGACUUGAAGCUCAAGCCGACGUCUUGGCUCUUAUCGAACUCUCCGCCCCCAAAGAUUGUGUUCAAUCGUCUGAAUGGGAAGAGCUACCACGGUGCGGACACACAGAAGGCCGCGAGCCCAGCCGAGGGGUUCCCUCCUGCUCAUGAAGAGAACGUCAGAUUUGUGUAUGAAGCAUGGCAGGAGGUGGAGCAGAAGCUGGGGGACGGGGAGCCAGCUGACAGCCAGCGGCCCAUUCAGUACACUGAGAAGACUCCCGGUGCUGCGAUGAAGAACUUUGUGCCCAUAGACCUAGAAGAGUGGUGGGCUCAGCGCUUCCUUGCCAACAUUGCCAACCUGUCCUGACUGAGGCUCUGAGGCGGGACAGGAAGCAUCACGCUGAUGCUCCCUUGUGAGGGCGUCCCGAGGGUGAAGAGGAGGAGAGUAAGACUCCAGGAGCUGAGGCGCAAAAGGGUCGUUCAUAAUUUGGAAUCUGAUUUGUUGCCCUGUGCUUCACGCUGCUGUAGAGAAAACUGAGUGCACAAUAAAAACCAACCCCCCUGAACCGCCAGCGACCCGACUGAACUCUCAGGGCUCUGACUCGGCGUUGAGCUGCUACGGAGGACCCGUCUCUCCACAUGGAUGACGUAUCAGAACAUGUGAGAACCCUCGAGUGUCCUCGGCUGUGUGUACGACUUGGCUGAUCUCCGGAUAUAAAUCUAUUGGAGAUCAAAAGCAGUAAAAUGUUUUUAAAAAAUGUCUUGUGUGAAG